AGGAGUCAGUGACCUUUGAGGAUGUGGCUGUGCACUUCACCAUGGAGGAGUGGAUUAUGCUGGAUCUAUCUCAAAAGGACCUCUACAAAGAUGUGAUGAAGGAAAUAUUGAGAAACAUGGUGUCAAUAGGAAACACCAAAAGAUUGAAAAUGAAUACCAAAAUUCUGAGAGAAAACGAAGGUAAUCCAGUUUCCUCAAAGCUUAUGGUGUCAUGGGACAUUUUACAAAAAAGGUAAAAGAUACAAAUAUAUCAAGCUUCAAUCUGAGUUGAUCUCAGGAAAUUGUCUCCAAAACUGCCAGUACGUUCCACAUCAUCAGUAAGAACAUCUCAGAUAUUCAAGCAUUGGAAACAACUGGAGUAUCAUGAUGCCAGCUGUCAACUGGUAGAGAAACUACAUGACUGUAAAGAAGGUCAUAAGUGUGCAGAAAUCUUCAACUUCUCUAUGGAAGGCACUGUGAACCAUAAAUUUUAUCCAGGAGUACACAUAUGUAAAAGAAAUGAGUUUGUAAAUGUAGUCAUUGGCCAUUUAGCUCUAAGUGUCUGGCUAAAACCUAGGCCAGGGCAACAAUCAAAUGAAGUUCAGGAAGGUGGAAAGGAGUUGGAUAAUAAUAAGGAAUCUGAGAAGACCUCCAGCUCUCCCCGCUCUUUUCAGAAGCAUGAAAGUACUGACACUGCCGAGGAAUCUGAUAAAAAUAAGCAGUCUAAUGAAGACUUAAGCCCUGGUCAAAGUCAUGAAAGGACUACGGCUGAAGAAAAACACCAUGAAUGCAAGCAGUGUGGGAAAACUUUUACUUCCCUCAGGUCCCUGAAGGGGCAUGAACAUCAUUACCAUGCAAAGAAAUCCUUUGCAUGUAAGCAGUGUGGGAAAGCCUUCCCUUUCCCCAGUUCCCUGCAAGUACAUGAAAGGAUCCACACUGGAGAGAAGCCCUAUUUAUGUAAGCAGUGUGGGAAAACCUUUGCGUAUUCCAGUUCUCUUCUAAGACAUGAAAAAAUUCACACCGGCACAAGUUCCCAUAUGUGUCAACUAUGUGGGAAAAUCUUUACUCGUUUGAAUUCUCUUUUAAGGCAUAAAAUAAUCCACACUGGCGAGAAGCCCUAUGCAUGUAAUCAGUGUGGGAAAAGCUUUUCUCGUUCUGCUUCCCUUCAAAGACACACAAGAAUCCACACUGGAGAGAAACCCUAUGUAUGUAAGCAAUGUGGGAAAGGAUUCAUUACUUCUACUUAUCUUCAAGUACAUGAACGAACUCACACUGGGGAAAAACCUUAUGUAUGUAAGGAGUGUGGGAGUGCCUUCAUGCUUUGGACUCAAUUUCAAAAACAUAAAGUAACUCACAGUGGUGUGAAUCCCUAUGUUUGUAAGCAGUGUGAGAAAGCUUUCACUCGUCUGGGUUCACUACAAAUACAUGAAAGAAUUCACACCGGUGAGAAGCCCUAUGUGUGUAAGCAGUGUGCAAAAGCCUUCUUGUCUUUGAAUCAGUUAAGAAGACAUGAAGUAACCCACAAUGGCAUCAAACCCUAUGAGUGCAAACAAUGUGGGAAGGGAUUUAUAUCUUCUACAACCUUUCGAAGUCAUGAAAAGAUACACAGUGGAGAUAACCCGUAUGUGUGUUCACAGUGUGAGAAAGUUUUGAGUUCUGACAGUGCUUUGUGGAAACAUAAAAUGAUUCACACCGGAGAGAAACCUUGUGUAUGUAAGCAGUGCGGUAAAACAUUCACUCAUUUAAGUUCUCUUCAGUAUCAUGCACUGAUGCACAGUGGAGAGAAACCCCAUGAAUGUAAGAAAUGUGGGAAAGGCUUUAGGUCUCUUAGCCACCUUAAAAAGCAUGAAAGAACUCAACACUGAAUAGAAACUUUAUGCAUGUAAACAAUAUGGGAAAGCCUUUACUUAUUCUCAUUGGCAUAAUGUUUACACAUUUUAAAUGGCUGGGUUGCUUUCGAAUAAGCAACCUCACUCUGAAGAUAAGUCUACCAAUGUGUGAAAGCCUUCUAUCAUACUGAUUUCUUUUUUUUUCCCUACUGAUUUCUUAAAAAACAAAAACAAAACAAACUUGAAACAGCCACAAUGGAGGGGAACUUUUUUUAAAAAAAAAAUAACAUGGAAAUGAUUUUUGUACUAAAAGUUUUCUUCAAGUCCAUGAAGGAAGUCACACUAGAGAAAAGCCCUAGGAAUGCAGGUGACGUUUAAAUCUUUGCAGUCCCAGAUCAUGGCAAAGACAGGCCACAGAUUAUACUGCAGAAAACCCUGUGCAUGUCUGCAGUGUAGAAACUCGUCACUUCUUCCCUGCUUCCUCCAAAUAAGUCAACUAGAGGGGACUAGAGAGAUGGCUAAGCAGUUAAGAAUGCUGCCUGUUCUCCCAGAGGACCUAGGUUCAAUUCCCAGCACCCACAUGGAAGCCUACAAUUGGUUCUAAUUCCAGUUCCAAGGGAUCUAAUGUCUCAGUGGCCCCUGUAUGCUCAUGGUACACAGACAAAUUACUCAUGCAGGCAAAUUACUCAUAACAAUUUUUUAAAAGGUCACACUGGAGAGAAACCCUUUGUAUGUAGGCAAUAUUGGAAAGCCUUCCAUUACUGCUGUUCCUUUCACAGACAUGAAAGGUCCUACCAUAGAAUAACCUUAAAUACAGAUUUUUUAAAAUUUAGACUUAUUUAUAUUAUUUCACAUGUAUGAGUGCUUUGCCUGCGUGUAUGAAUGUGUGGCACAUGUGUGCAGUGCCUGCACCACCAUGAAGAGGGCCUUGGAACCUCUGGAACUGGAGUUACAGAUGGUUGUGAGCAGUCCUGUAGGUGCUGGGAACUGAACACAAGUCCUUCGUAAGCACAGUGAGUGCUCUUAACCACCGAGCCAUCUCUCCAACCCAGGAGCUAAUUCUAGACUUCUAUUUCCAAAGUUUGCUUUACAAAACAAGCAUAAGCUGAGUACGUGAGAUGAGAUAACAACUUAUACCCAUGGAAUGGAGACCGGUCAGACCCACAUUUGAAAAACAAAACAGCUGUAGAAAGUACACUAUCAUGAAAUGGUUUUGUAAGGUUUCUUAAAGCAGCAAUCUAUAGUUUAAUGGGUGAUGUCCUUUUGCAUUAAAUUGGGUACACGUUUCUACUUGUAUUAUAAAUUGUGUAAGUUCAUGUGGUGGACUGACAUUUACUUGUAACAUGUCAAUAUGCAUAAAUGCCUUUUUUUUCAAAAAUUGUGAUUAAUUAAAAACGACUUUUUGAGAA